AUGCGUUUGCACCGAAAGUAACGACUUUGGCACUUUAUAUAGAUUUAUUCUAUAAUUAAAUAUCGUAUUACAUCGAGUGGACUCUGUAACGUUACAGAAUAACAAACUGCGUCAUUUAAACGAACCCGCACCCCUCUAUAUUCCCAUCUACAUUUAUCAAUCUGAGGAAACAUCCACACACAUUCAAUCGCUGAUCCAGAUAAAAUGAUGGGCCAGCUGGGCACGAGCACUACUCACAAAAAGUGAACGGGAUGUUUCAAAGACGUCGAAACAAUGAUAAUAGACUGUUUUGUUUUAAAAUAGCAAUUGGGACUUUGUAGUUAUGGGGUGUUGGGAACCGCUCGAUGGAUGGGGGGACGCUACGUGGUAGUUUAUGAGUGAUUGGACCGGUGUGCUGAACGGGUUCAGUCCGAUUUAUACAGGUCUGAAAUGAGAAACAUCGAAUGGCAAUUUGGGGCGACCCGACCUCAAUGGGUCUCCUGGCUGCGUCUCUUAUUUUCGAUGCUCUUUUGGACCUGUUUAAAGACACAGCAGUUAAAAAACACUAGAUGGCCACUGUAUUCCAGCAAGCCUUUGGUUUUGGCCUGGAACGCCCCUACAGAAGACUGUAGACCUCGACAUGAAGUCACCUUCCAGUUAGAUCAAUUCCAAAUAGUGGCGUCACCGAACGAGGGCUUCACCAAGCAAAAUCUCACAAUUUUUUAUCAUGACCGAUUAGGUUUGUACCCGUAUUUUGAGUCGGACGGCACUCCAGUCAACAGCGGCCUACCUCAAGUCGCCAGUCUCACAGAACACCUAGAACGGAUGCCGGAAGGGCUCAAGAAGUACAUCAAGGACUCGACAGUGAAAGGCCUCGCUGUAAUCGACUGGGAGGAGUGGCGGCCCCUCUGGAUACGUAAUUGGGGUCCUAAAGACAUUUACCGUGAUCGUUCGCGACGGUUAGUCGCUAACAAAAACCCAACUUGGCCUCAAGAUCAGGUGGCCAAAGUGGCCCAGCAAGAGUUUGAGCUUUCUGCACAAAAGUUCAUGUUGGAGACGCUUCGAUCGGCCAAGAACUUACGGCCCCAGCAACUUUGGGGUUUCUACCUCUUUCCUGAUUGUUACAAUCACAAUUACCAAAGUAAGAACUACACAGGGCGCUGUCCGGAUGUGGAGGUGACCAGGAACGACCAACUAAAGUGGCUGUGGAUGGAGAGUACAGCCCUGUAUCCUUCCAUAUACAUGGCAAAAGUGCUGAAGGACCAAGCGGCCGGACGCCAGUUCGUACGAAACCGGGUCAAGGAGGGCAUGAGGUUGGCUUCUGUUGGGAAUGGGUCAGCCAGGCCUGUGUUUGUCUACACGCGGCCCACUUACCAAAACAGUCCUCCAGCUUCUAACAGCAGCCCUCUUGAUCUCCUGCUGCUGACAGAGAUGGAUCUGGUGUCGACCAUCGGCGAGAGCGUGGCGUUGGGUGUAGCGGGCCUCAUCUUCUGGGGCGACUCCAACUACGCUAGCAGUCAUGCGGCUUGUUCCAGUCUUAAUCAAUACCUGCGAGGGCCGUUGGGUCGUUACCUGCUCAACGUGACGUCAGCCGCCGAGCAGUGUAGCCGAAACCUCUGUGGAUUUCACGGCCGCUGCCUUCGCAAACGUCCCGACACGGACACGUACCUUCAUCUCAGCUCGAACACCCACAGCAUAGAGCGUCAGGGAAACACGCUGAAGGUCUCGGGACAGAUGGGAGAAGAAGAGCUGAGCCGCGUACGGGACGAGUUCCAGUGUCAGUGCUAUAAUGGGUACACCGGUGACGACUGCAGCCAGAGGGAAGUUGGGAAUAGAGCUGUGCUCGUCUGGAUCACGUUUUUGCAAGUUCUGCUGUUGCCGCUGCUCUUGAUGGGGUUCCUGCACUGAAGAGUUCAUUAGAUGUGGUUUGAGGACGAUACACAACAGACCUUCUCGUCAAGAAAUGUGUGAAAGGCCUUUUGUUCACUAGAAUUUGAACAGAAAUGGAGAAUUUGAACGUGCACGCUAACUCUGUGGACUGUAUGUACAGCACAGUGGUGGCUCAGUGUGGUUUUUUUGUUCGAGAGUAUCGCCCCCUGCUGCAUGGGAGGCUGAACUUCGACAGGCGGUAUUGUGAUUUUUGUCUAGGUUUGAUGUUUGUGAAUGUGUGAAAGAAAUUUGAUCUUGUCCGUGUGCAUUUUUUCAUUAAAAAAAAUCUAAAUAUGAUGUGGUGGUUUCCGCUAUCAUCUGAGGCCUGUAUUUUUUUUCCUUUAUAUCUGCGUAAAACCAGUUGUGACCUUAUUUCUGCUGUGUGUCACAUGACCAGUUUUUUAAAAGGGACUUGUUUUGUUACUUGCAACUCUGACUCAUCAAAACCUCACUUAGAUUUAAAUCUGUCUGCUGUAUCACAUUUCACUCGAAAAUUUGAAGAAAUUAGAGAAAUUACAUUUUGCAUGAGGAAAAUGAAGCCUGUUUUAGGAACAUUUUCUUUAUUUUUUUCCAUUGGUUUUUAUUUGAUUCCAUGAGAUUUGUGCAUUUUCAUUUGUGCAUUUGCUGCUGUUGUUGUCGUCAUUACCACAAUGUUAUUAUUAAAAUUAUUGAAUUUUCAAUGUGAUUC